AUGGCCCUCGCGUGCCUGUAUGCACUCCCGACAACGUCUGGGCAUGCUCCUGAUGAGUCGGUGGGUGGUAUCCUGGGGGAUUUCCUCCCAGACCUGGAUCAGGGCAUCAGUGAGUUCCUGGACAGUCCAACAAAACUCAAACCAGACCAGAUUUGCCAGUUACUGGAUUUAUGCCUCACAACCACAUAUUUCCAGUUUAACGGAAACUUCUACAGACAAAAGCACGGCUGUGCUAUGGGCUCACCUGUGUCCCCCAUUGUGGCCAAUCUAUACAUGGAAAUGGUAGAGCGAAAGGCCCUCAACUCCUUCAAGGGAGCUCCACCAAGCCACUGGUUUAGGUAUGUGGAUGACACAUGGGUAAAGAUUAAAACACAAGAUCUAGAAGCCUUUACCCAACACAUCAACUCAGUGGACAAGAACAUCAAUUUCACAAGAGAGGAUGUCAAAGACAAUCACCUCCCUUUCCUUGACUGUGAUGUCCACCUUGCUGAGGACAGGAGCCUCCACAUUGGGGUAUACAGGAAGCCCACGCACACAGACCAAUACCUACUCUUUGACUCACAUCAUCCACUGGAGCACAAAAUGGGUGUGAUCAGAACCCUGCAACACAGGGCUGACAACAUACCAACCUCCACUCGGGCCCAAGCAGAAGAACAUAAACAUCUAAAGGGAGCUCUGAAAACUUGUGGCUAUCCGAGUUGGACUUUUGGCAAAACAACAACACGCUCCAGGAAGAAUACCAACACGGAGGAUGCUGAGAAAAUGAAAGAUAAACGCAGAAACAUCGUCAUUCCAUACGUGUCUGGGGUCUCAGAGAAACUCAGGAGGAUUUUUAACAAACAUCAAAUCCCUGUAUGUUUCAAGCCCAGUAACACGCUCAGGCAGAAACUGGUACAUCCCAAAGACAAAACACCACACAAUCAAAAAAGCAACCUGAUAUAUGCGGUCAAAUGCAGUGAGGAAUGCAAUGACCUAUAUAUUGGGGAAACAAAACAACCGUUAAACAAACGUAUGGCCCAACACAGAAGGGCAAACUCUUCAGGCCCUGUCUCAGCUGUCUACUCCCACCUAAAGGAAAAGGCACACUCCUUUGAAGACAGCAAUGUCGAAAUCUUGGACAGGGAGGACAGAUGGUUUGAAAGGGGAGUCAAAGAAGCCAUCUAUGUAAAAGUGGAGAGGCCAUCGCUAAACAGGGGAGGGGGUCUGCGACACCAUCUAUCCCCCAUCUACAAUGUCGCCCUUUCAUCGGUACCCAGGAGAGUCAACAACAUAACCUCAGACGACUCUCAACGAUCGUCAUCCACCAGGGGCUCACCUGACCCUAACGACUGUCGUUCACAUGAGACCACAACAAUGGUCAGGUGAAACCAGUACUUUCACAGGUACCUUGGUGGACCCACCCACAAGAGGUUAAAUACCUGGGUCCUACUCCACUUUCUUGGUCAGACUAGUGCGGACUAGAGAGACCAAUACAUAAGAACUGAUGAAGCCGCUUGGAUAAGAGGCGAAACGUCUUCCACAGACAAAUACAAGUCCAGUUGCCUUCGA